GUUCUGGGCAGGGGUGUGCUAUCGAUGUGUCAUGGGCGUCGCAAUUGACCACAAGAAGUCCUUCGAGUGGUUCAGCAAGUCGGCCAACCAAGGCAACUUGUACGGGCAGUGGAGGGUUGGUGAAUGCAGCUAUCGAGCAAUCGGAGUCACCCAGGACCGAGUCAAGGCAGUCGAGUGGUAUUCCAUUUCAGGCGAGCGAGGCAAUCGAUACGCCCAAAACAACCUUGGCAACUGCUACGAGUAUGGCGAAGGCGUGCCUCUCGACAUUGACACCGCCGUCUCCUGGUACCGCAAGGCUGCUGACCAGGGUUUCGAAGGCGCCAUCAACAGACUCCAGCUGCUGGGGAUUCGGUUGUGAUGCCCGAGUCCUCCUUAGUACCACCCCAAGCAAUUAACACGAAACACUCACCAUCAAGUAGCCUGAGCAGCCAUGCAGGCGUGAGCCAUCAUUGAGUGAAUUACCAAGGUGAUAUAUACGGAAUUGGAUGGAGUAUUUGACAUUCAAUACAUCCGCCAUACAAAUCAGUGCUACGCCUCAGCUUCUGUUGAUGUUGCUCGAUGAGAGAACAUCGAAUGACCCGAGAUUGGCCAACAUGAGGAACAAUAUUGAGUCUCCUUGUGCAAGUGUUGGUGGUCGAAUGUGCAGGCAUGAGCGGUAGUGCGUCCUCGCAAGCAUCAAUAUUCCGGCUCACCCAUCCUCCUCACCAGAUAUUUGGAGUUUCGCAUCAGACAAGAAAGGGAGCAUUUGUUACAACAAAAAUUACAUAUAUUUGGUGGCCAU